UAGCUUUUGGUGCGAGCGACCAGUGUACAGUAACAGUUCUUAAAAAAAAAAGGAUUUAUGAAUCAUUUCUUGUUGUUUUUUGCGGUUUUAUAGUUGUUAAUUAUGUCCGACAGAAAUCCCGGGAUGGAUCUGGAUCUGGAGUGGGUGUCGAAGGUCAGAGUGAACACCCAGGCUGUGCUUAAAAGGGCCCAACAGGUUCAAGGACGCAAGGUGGCCAAGAAAGAGUGGCAGGCGGCCUGGCUUCUGAAGGCUGCGACGUGCAUCGACCUGACGACGCUCUCUGGUGACGACACGCCAUCUAACGUACACCGACUGUGCAUGAAGGCCAUGCAGCCAGUCCGCUACGACCUGCUUCAGAGCAUGGGCAUGCAUGACAAAGGUAUUACAACAGCUGCGGUGUGUGUUUAUCCAUCUCGUGUGGCUGAUGCAGUAAAAUCUUUAAAAGCAGCCAACUCCUGCAUACCUGUUGCCUCUGUGGCUACUGGGUUUCCUGCUGGUCAGACCCCGCUAAAGACGCGUCUGGAGGAGGUGCGUAUGGCUGUAGAAGACGGGGCAACCGAAAUUGACAUCGUCAUCAAUCGGACGUUGGCUCUUACUGGACGGUGGGCAGAGUUAUAUGAUGAGAUCCGGCAGUUCCGAGAGGCAUGUGGUGAUGCACACAUGAAGACCAUCUUGGCCGUAGGAGAGCUGGGGACUUUCACUAACGUCUACAAAGCCAGUCUUGUGUCAAUGAUGGCAGGAUCUGACUUCAUUAAAACUUCUACUGGCAAAGAAUCUGUUAAUGCCACCUACCCAGUUGCCAUUGUGAUGGUGCGGGCUAUUCGAGACUACUAUCUGAAGACUGGUCACAAGGUUGGGUUUAAGCCAGCGGGGGGUAUUCGCACAGCGGAGGAGGCCCUGGUGUGGCUGGUACUGAUGAAAGUCGAGCUGGGUGACCAGUGGCUCACUCCUCACCUGUUCCGCCUGGGAGCCAGCAGUCUGCUCGGAGACAUCGAACGGCAGAUUUAUCAUUACGUAACGGGACGCUAUCCAGCUUAUCAUGAGCUGCCUAUGGCCUGAUUUCCUCAGAUCCUGUCCAUGUGACCAAUGAUGGUCAGGACCUGUUCUGAUCAGCCCAUCACACCACAAAGAAAAGCCUCAGUUGAAGUCCUUGGGAAAACGGCUACCUGCUGACAAACAUUAAGUGUGAAUUUUACAGAUAUGAAGAUAAUGACCUCCCACUGUCCUGGCCUGAAUUUUGUAAAUGAAUCAUUUCAUUCAAGACUCGUUUCAAAAUUGUAUUUAAUGGUCAUUGAUCAUAAUGAUAACUUUAUCAGAAGAAAAAAAGAUUAUUUAAUAAAGACCACAAUGUAUUUCAA